AUGAACUCUGGUACUCUCCAAGGUACUGAAGAUUUAAAGAUUUGUGUAACUGGAAUUUUCACGUGCCUGGGGAGCUCCCAGUCUCAAAGGACUCCAGAGUUGCACCCACCACCAGGGCGGACCAUGGAGAGGGUAUCAGGGGUGGCAGUCUUGGAAAUGUCCAGGACUGGGAUGGUGGGUUGGGUGAAUUUCAUCGCUGAAAGUGCUGUCCACCCACAAUACCUGGUGGUCUGUGCCAGCCAUGCCAACCUACCUACAAAAUCCACAUCACCCCAUACCCACAAAAACAUAUCCAAAGGACCCCUUGAUCAUUUUUCAGAUGCUCUUAACAUCUUGAGUAAUUGUCUCCGUCAUCAAGGUACUUAUCACAUCUCUUCUCCAUCAAAUCAGUCUCCAUCUAAAGCAAUUGAGAAACCUAUGCAAGAAUUAGAAUCCAAAAGAGAAUCAUUAAGAGUCAUUGAGAGUCGUCAAGAAAUUUCAUCUUCCUCCCUGAAAUUUCCUGAUGUCUUUAGAGGGAUCUGGGUUCAGAUUGCCACACCAAAGGCUUCAGAAACUACCCCAGUUAAACUCUGGAAACAAAACACUGAUGAUGGUGACUUGGGUUUUGAUACGGUUGGGCCAUCAAAAUUUACCCCAGCGAACAACCGGUAUUACACAGUCCAUCCAAAUUUGGCCCUGUACUAUGAGCCUUUAAAGCCCUCCUCACUGCAUAAGCUUCUGAUUCGAAACAGAAAUAUCACCAGCUUCAUGUUCAAACUAUCGGAGUUUGAUCAGGAUAUGACCUCACUGAUCAUGACCAACAACCCACUUCCCAGCUAUGUCAAUCAGGAUAAUGAUCCAAAAUACUUUUCCAGGAUGAUACUCCAGGUAAUGGAGAUUUGCUGUCAGCCUAAACCCACUGAGAAAGUCUGCCUACCCAAGAUGCCUCAGGAAAAGAAAACAACCUUCCCUUUGAAAAGGAUGGACGAUUCCACACCCAAGAAAAAACAGUGGUUUAGGUUUUCUACUGACAAGGACUUCGAGAGUGAAGGGAAAUACUCAGAAGUCUAUGCUUUGAAGAAACAGAAGAAACUGUACCCUAAACUGGUCUUUGCUCCAGGCUAUGGAAAAGAUACUAAGAAAGGAGUUUCCAAGCAGCCAGAGAGCCAAGAAACACCACGUUCCCAGGAUGUUUGGGAACCGCUCACAUUUUCGACUCUUCUGGAACAGAAGCCCACCAGGGACGCGCCAGGGGAAAGCACCUUCCGCUACGGAAGGGCCCAGCAGUGGAUUAUCAAGAAGGCCACUGUCACUAAGCGGUAA